UGAACACAGGACUCAUCCUUGUCAAUCAGACGAUGAAUUGGAGAGACGCUCAGAGAUACUGCAGACAGAAUCACAUUGAUCUGGUCAGUGUGAGAAACCAGAAUGAGAAUCAACAGGUUGAGAAGAUCAUUAGUGAUAGAAAUUUAUCUGGAUCCCAUGUCUGGAUCGGUCUGUUCAGAGACUCAUGGCAGUGGUCAGAUCAGAGUGACUCCUCAUUCAGAUACUGGUUCACCACUGAACCUAAUAAUGUUGGAGGUGCUGAAAACUGUGCAAUCAUUAUACCGAGGACUCAGGGACAGUGGCAUGAUAACCCUUGCACCAGCAAAUUUCAUUUUGUGUGUCAUGAAGAUAAACUGGUUCUGAUCAAAGAGAAUCUGACGUGGUCUGAAGCUCUGAGUUACUGCAGACAGAAUCAUGUGGAUCUGGUCUCGGUUCAUUCAGAAGAGAUUCAGCGUGGUGUGAUGAACGUGGUUAAACGGGCAUCUACUGCGGCGGUGUGGUUGGGUUUACACAACUACUGCAGCAUGAACAUGUGGCUCUGGGUGAGUGGAGAGAUCGUGUGCUAUCACAACUGGGCUCCAGGGAACGGAACGACACGGGAAAACUGCAGCCUCGAGAACAGAAAAGGAGCAGUUCAGUCUGGAGGAGAUCAGCGCUGGAUCAGCCUUCCUGAAUCUCACAAACUCAACUUCAUCUGCAGCAGAUAUUAAGAGUGA